CACUGAGAUGGUUGUCUUCACGUCUACACUCCUUAGUCUUGACUAAGUAAUUUGUCAUCUAUGACAGAAUUGUCAAAUUAAUUAGAAUGACAUUUAACAAAAUUCAAGUGACAAUAACACGAAUCUUUUUAAUGAUGAAAUGAAAAAAAGAAAAAAAUUAACCAAAACAUAAUGCAGUCUAUGACUCCUAUAAAAUCAUUGAGAUUAUUGACACCUUCGACGAAAAAAUUUGAAGAUAUAGAAGACAAAGGGGUAGUUACAUCAGUACAUGGUAUUAUUGACAGUGAGUUUCCGUUUCGAGCUGCUAUUUAUGGUAAAAAAGAAUCACGAUUACCAGCUGAUUUCAGAAAUAAUAACGUACGAAUCUUCAACAGAAAUAUAAAAACUAUAAAGUUAGAAAUGCCGGUAUUAGGUUUAGAACGGGCUGUGGUAUACCCGAAAAAGAAACCUUCUAAAUUACCAUUAAAAAAGAAGAUUCUACGAAAAAUAAUCAAUUUAGAUAAGCAGAUACCAUCCGGUAAUAAAAUUGUAGUAUCAAAUGAAUCGAAUAAAGAAAUAAAACGCGAAGGAAAAAGCGUAACAUUUUUAAACGCCGAAAUAAAAACAGACGAUCAAAAAAUUAUUAAAGAAGAAACGAUGCGUACGAAAUACUCGAUAAAAAACGCACAAAGAUUCGCAAGUGAUACUAUAGUACAACAAAAAUACAAUUCAAACGAUUUAUUUAAAGACAAUGACGUUUUACUGAUGAUAAAAGGACAAAAAUCGAAAUCGCAAUUACUACAAAUAGAAAAACUUAAAGAUAAACCGGCGGUUCCAAACAUUAUCAACAAACCAUCAUCAACAAUUACCCAACCUCCAAUUUGCGAAUCCCCGAAAUGUAAUCCGGAAGGGAUCCAAAAGAGGUCGUCUUUCGAAUCGAAAAUACCCAAGCCCAAAAGAUUUUUAAAAAGAAUUAGAACAAUAAAAAGGGAAAACGAACAAAAAGAAAGUGCAAUCGAUAGUAAAACCGAGCAAUCGAAAACGUCUAUGACAAGUGACAGUGACUCGAAAAGUAUAAGUACAAUUAAUAAAUCAAAAACUAGUCAAACAGAAACUACCAGCGGCGAGGUAUCACAGACCGCUUCGAAAAGUAGUCAGAGCUUCGCCAGCACAUCUACAAUCAAAGAGAGGUCCUCAAAAGUUAAUAUUGACAACGCAGACAGUAAGAAAACUGAAGAAACGCCAUCGUCUAAUAAAAAUAAUAAUAAAAAACAGCCAGUUUUAAUACCAGUCAAGGCGAAAGUAUCAACGAAACCAAUUAAAGAAAUUAAAAGUUUGAUGAAUGAAAUAUCCAUCAACAAGAAAACACAUACGACUUCCAAUAGGAGUUUGAAGAAAAAAUAGGUUGUAUGUAAAAGCUGUUGUGUGAAUUUUUAAUAAAUGAGUAGUCGAAAAA